CGACAACUUAUGCUCCCCUCAGACACGCACAUACACUACAGACACGCACAUACACUAGGUCCGCCUCUCACUCACUCACCCUCAACCAAACAAACAACACCCACCACUACUCGUCUCCCCCAACCACAGCCACCCUUGCACCGUCAUGAACCCAUGAAACCUCGCAAGCCCCUCCGGCACAUACAGCCAACGCCCCCUCACCCACCUCCCGCCCCGCUCGAAUUGUGUCUCGCACUCAUUCACCCAUCCCCACUUCAGCUGCACAAGGCCGCCGUGAGGGAGGUGGAUGCUGAAUGUGUUGCUGCUCCACUGCAGCUCUCCAUAGUAGUGCGAUGGUGGGGUGAUGGGGAAGAUGGGCGGACCGCGCUGGACCGGCUGUGGGGGGCGCACCUGACGGGCUGAGUCGGGUGGGGGGAGGGAGGUGAUGGGUCUCUCGUCCUCUCUCGACGCCUUUUCCUUCUUGUUGGCCGUCAUGCCGGCAGGCUGCUGGGCAGUGCUGGGCUCAACACGCGGCUGGGUUGACGUGAUGGGGUCGGGCGUGAACACAGGCACCGCUGCCACCGCCCUCGUAUGCUGCUGGCCCUGCCCGUCAUCCUCCCUCGCCGCCCCGGCCCUGCUGGCCACCGAUGCUGGUGCUGCUGGUGUCGUCUGAGGCCCGUCGGCUGCCUCCUCCUGCUGCUGCUGCUGCUGCUGCUGCUCUUGGUCUUGGCCGUCGCUCACACCGUCGACCAGCCGCUUUUCCAGCUCACACAGCUUCGCCAUGACGGUGGCAAGAGGCGGUCUGUCCGAUGGCAGUGGAGCGAGGCAGGCAACGGCAAUCUCUUCGAUCGCCGCGAUGAGGGAGCGGACGAACAGCAGCUCGGGCUCCUGGCGCUUGUGGAUGGGCGUCUCCCCAUCCUCGACACUGUGGAAGGCGCCGUGAGUGUCUCUCAUAGCUGCCAGCCGCUCGCCCCAGCGGAGAGCCCACUCCAGGUCUCGCCGAUAGGACGCCUUGGUGGCAUCCUGCUCGUCUGCCGCGGCCUCGUGGUGGUCCAGCGCCCACGACGUCAUGGCGCAGGUGUCGCCGGUGAUGAUCUGCCGCAGCAGCAGCCCGACGCCAUACACGGCAGCCCCCUCUCCCACCCGCAGGUACUCCUUCCCAUCCUCCCCCACAUACACCACCCCCCUCUGCCGGAGCUGCUCCUUCAGGACGCUGGCGGCCUUGCGCAUCCUCUCGGCCUUGGGAUCACCGUCAGGGAUGCCGAACCUUCGCUGCCACGAUGGCGGGUCUUGGUCGAGGACGGACAUCGACAGGACGGCUAUCUCUGGCGGGAGUGCGUAGGGCGUGAAUUGCGGUACGUGGCCGCGCGCCUCCCUCUCUUUGACGUCCAAAGGCACGUGCGCAUCACCCCCCAGCCGCUGCCGCUCCUCUUCACAGUCCGGGCCCCUGACGGCGUUGGCGAUGUCAAGAGCGAUGACGUGCUCAUCGCACUUGAGAAGGAAGGGGCGGCGGGCGGUAGUGCUGUUGUUGGUGCUGCUGGCCAUGGGGUGGGGGGGGGAGGAGGGCAGACAGACCGGAAGAGGCCGGGGUCCUCGAGGGCGUCCUGGUCGAGGAGGAUGUCCUUGUUGAGGUUGUCGAUGGCCUGGAGGGACCCGGCCACACACGCCAUGUGGGGGAGUGUGUAUAGUCCGGCCCCUCGAACGGCCAUCGACAAGUCCUCAGUCACGGCCUCAGGCUGGAUGCUGCUGGCCGAGCAAUGCCGCCGGGCGAUGUCUUUGGUGUUGUGCUGCUUCGCGAAAUCAAAGACAUCGAUGUACUGCAGCCCGACUGCAAGGAGAAGGAAGACACACAGAGGAAAUCACAUGACUUUCUCCCUCGAUGUAUGCAUGUCAGCCUUUUUACUCUGCAGGAAAGGCAUGGCAAUGAAGAUGCACUGUUUCUCGAGCACCUCCUCGCCCCUCGUCUCCUGCAGAAUGGCUGGCUCGUCGGCGUUCGUGUGUUUCCCCCAGAUGGGCACGAACCCCCUCUGCAGCAGCGUCGUACCCUCCCCAGCCUCUCCCAUACCCUCAAGCAGCUGCUGCAGCCGGUCAUGGUGGCGCACCUCGGCCGUGAGCGACCGCACCUCCUGCUGGCACUGCCUCUCGAGGCCCCCAUCGCCGUCGCGGCUGAUGAAAACAAGUUUGAAUGCCGCCUCCUUGCCCUCGAAAUGGCCCGAGAACACGCUGCUGUUGCCGGAAUCCUUCACCUUCCCGAAGAGGGUGUGGGUGCCGGCGGCCGUAAUGACGGCAAAGGUGGACGGGGGCUGGGCAGCUGCUAUCCGGGCUGAGCCGCCUCCCUCGUGUGGCCCUGAGGCCGCUGCUGAUGCAUUGUCGCUUGCUGCUGACAUCUCGCUCGCUGUCGACGUGUUCGCUUGACGAACGAGAGCACACGACGAAGGUCUGUGUGCUCGAAAUCACAAACCUCCG